UUCAACAGUGUUUUUCAAUUCACCUUGGGUGUUUGUGUGUGGGGACUGAACUAAAUGCUUGUCCCUGGUAGUCUACAGAGGGCUAGGCUACGGCGCAGACUCAAGACAACACAUUCCUUCGACGCUUCACUUUCUCAGUUGACGCGACGGCGACGGUUUCUGACGUGAAGCAAGGAUACAUUAGCAGUUUUGGUCUAGAUUAUAUCUUCUUCGCAUGACUGCGACCCGACACAGACCAACUAUUUGCAACGCUGCAAAGUGCGCAUUUGCUGUCACAUUCGGACGGAUCAUAACGUCAGAACGGUGCAUUACAAACCCCCGGGGUUGGUGUGCUGUGCGUCCCAAAAAAACAAGAGGACGACAUGUACAGGCCUAAUCUUUGAACGUCUCGGGCAUAUCCGUUACCGAGAUGAAUUUGACACUGGAUUAAGGUUUCGGUUGUGGCAGUUUGCCGCGCUCCGUUCUAAAGCACCGAAAGAAGGAAGGGCUUUCUGUCUUUACUACUAUGUUAGGUUACCGUCGCUUCCUGGUUUCUUGACGGAUAAAUGAACAACUAUUUACAACCAAUUACGGAAUAAAAACGGAUGUUAAAACUGAGAUGAUGUAUAGCAUGACCGCGAAUGGGAGCGCGUCGUGAGGUCCACCGUUUGAUUGUUUUUAAUCUGCACAUCUGUUUCUGUCCUUCUCCCGAGAGAUUUACUGACUGACUGAGUAGCCUGAAUAUUACAACAACAAAACAUCUAUCCUGAUUUGGACAUCCGGACGUCGAUGACUCUAUAGGCUAUUCCACCGGGAUCUAACCGACGCAGACAAUCGUCACCACGCAUGGGUCAGCCGGGGGCUCGGAUCCCCCGGGGCUGGAGGACCCAGGCCCGCUGCCAGAAGGAUGUCGACCCGGAGAGGGAGAAGCAAUGGGUGGAACUGUUCGACGAACUGGACUUGAACAGUGAUGGAGUCAUCGAUAUCCACGAGCUCCGGGUGGGGUUGGCGAAACGUGGGCUCUCCCGCCGCGCCGUGGACCGGCAGAUUGUCAAGGAGGGGGACAGCAACAAUGAUGGAGAGUUGGACUUCCAGGAGUUCAGGCAGUACCUCCGCUCCCACGAGGAAGAGCUCCGACUCAUGUUCCGCAGCCUGGACCGCAACAAUGACGGUGAGAUAGAUGUAUCAGAGAUUCAGCAGUCCCUUCAAACUCUGGGAAUAGCUGUGAGUCUAAAGGAGGCUGCCACGAUCAUGAAGAGUAUUGACAGGGAUGGUAACAUGACCAUAGACUGGGAUGAGUGGCGAGAUCACUUCCUGUUCAACCCCAUACACAGUCUGGAAGACAUCUCUCGCUACUGGAAACACUCUCAUAUGCUGGACAUAGGAGACAACCUGACCUGUCCUGAUGAGUUCUCCGAGCAGGAGAAGAAGUCAGGCUUCGUCUGGAGACAGCUGGUGGCUGGAGCUAUGGCAGGAUCAGUCUCCCGGACAGGCACCGCGCCACUGGACCGCCUUAAAGUCUUCCUGCAGGUGCAUGGCUCGACCCCAGGGAACCCUGCAGGGGCCCUUGGGGUGGGGAACAUGAUCAGUGGGCUGAGGGCCAUGGUGAAAGAGGGGGGGUUCAGUUCCCUGUGGAGGGGCAACGGGGUCAACGUCCUGAAGAUCGCCCCCGAGACCGCCAUCAAGUUCUGGGCCUACGAACAGAUCAAGAGGUGGAUGCGUGGCAGUAAGGAGAGGGGACCUCUGAGGGUUCAUGAGAGGUUUGUAGCUGGGUCAUUAGCAGGAGCUACUGCUCAGACAGCCAUCUACCCUAUGGAGGUCCUGAAGACUCGUCUGACCCUGGGGAAGACAGGCCAGUACACCAGUGUGUUAGACUGUGCCAGACAGAUCCUUCACAGGGAGGGCAUCAUGGCCUUCUAUAAAGGAUACGUACCCAACAUCAUAGGCAUCAUACCCUACGCUGGCAUUGACCUCGCCGUCUACGAGACUAUGAAGAAUGCGUGGCUAGCGAGGCACACAGAUUCAGCAGACCCAGGUGUUUUCGUGUUGGUGGGGUGUGGGACCAUGUCCAGUACCUGUGGUCAACUAGCCAGUUACCCUCUGGCUCUGGUCAGGACACGCAUGCAGGCACAGGCCUCUGUGAAGGGCGGCCCUCAGCUCUCCAUGCUAGGUCUGUUCCAGAACAUUGUGACCCAGGAGGGCGUGGCCGGCCUCUACCGCGGCAUCGCCCCCAACUUCCUGAAAGUCAUCCCUGCCGUCAGCAUCUCCUACGUAGUCUAUGAACACAUGAGGAAAGUCCUGGGGGUGGAGAGAUACAGAUGAGAGGGGAGGGACAGAGAUAUCAUAGAUGCCUUGGAGAGAAUAAGGUGAAAGAAGGAGAGAAAGAGAGGGAGGGAGAGAGAUGCUGGAGUGGGGGAGAGAGUGAGGAGGGAGGGAGGGAGAGAUCGUAGAUGCAUUUGAGUGGGGGAGAGAAUGAGGUGAGAGAAGGAGAGAUAGAGAGAGAGAGGGAUGGAGACGAGACAGACCAAUGUGGGUGGCAGCUAUGGGCUUGUUGCAUGACCAUGCCUAAAGACACAGUGAGAGGAGACGAAGGGAGGGAACAAAGGAGGGAGAGAGAGAAAGGGAGGAAUGAAUAAAAUUACAGAGAGCGACAUCUCAAGUACUGCACCCAAGUGAUGUCUAACCGUGUGGAAGCUUUGUGGUUGCAAGUGUCAUGAUGGUUUCUAUGACAACACGUGUGAGGUUUUACAUGGCCUGUGCUGCAUGUGGAGGUGUUUCUGGGUUUGAAAACUAGCCGACUAGCUUCUCUACUACUGGGUUGAGCUUUUCUCUCUCUGCAUUAACAACGGGUGAGGACAUGUUUGACAACUAACUCUGCUUCAAGACUUUAAGACUUUGACCAAAAACGAAACCCUUUACCAUUUCACUACUGACAAAACCUCAAGAGAAGGAUCACAAUAUGACUUUUUCCCCCGUGAAUCUUUAGGUGGAGAAUAGAGAAAUCUCUGGGAUAGGAUGACACCAUCUCCAUGUUGUGUGGUUGGUUGGUCCUGAAGUAGGAAGUGAUACUCCACUGGAACCUUGGAACCACCAGGACUUCUAGAACUUUUCAUAUUGGAACCUGGGUGACUUGAGAACUUUUCACAGUGAAAAGGGACCAGUAGCAAUCUACCUCCCAUGACUCAUCGUAGGUGGAAGAAGAGGAUGAGGAAGAGGAGAAGACGAGGUGUUGAAGACUUGCUUUCGAUGAUCUGAAAGGAUUGGGAUGUGCUUGUGGACACAGGAUGUAAAUAAACCUCUGCCUAUGAGAUUAUUCUAAAUUAUAAUGCUGUGAGGACAUUUUAGACAGCCGGAUGAGAAACAAACACAUUAAACCUUGUACUGUAUUUGGGGUUGCAAAAUUUCAGUAACUUUCCCCAAAUUCCCUGAUUUUCCAGAAAUCCUGGUUGGAAUUUUUCUGGAAUCAGACAGAAAUAAACCCGAAAUCCAUAAUCCUCCAACCAUGUUUUAGAAAACCUGGGAAUUUGGGGGAAAAAUACUGGAUUUUGCAACCCUAUAUUGAAACUUGAGUUUUUUCUGAAUCCCAGUUACUGUGGAAAGUUUCAACAAAGAGUUUUAUCAAGAGUUUUAUCAAAGUAUGUAAAUAGUUAGAGAUGCAUGGUUUAAUCAAGUGCUAAAGCCAAUAGAACACAGCUACGCGCUGAUGUCAUCAUGAUGAUGAUACGACUCAAAGGUGAUCCCCUUUUACGUGUGUGUGUGUGUGUGUGUGUGUGUGUGUGUGUGUGUGUGUGUGUGUGUGUGUGUGUGUGUGUGUACAGCGAGUAUGUGUGAUUUUUGUCUCACACAAAGUAUUAUAAAACUCCAGAAUGCCAAAUCAA